AUGUCUGCUUUGGCAUCGCCGCACGACGAGUCGCCGGCUCAUACGCCGCUUCCAGUUUCAGCAUCCCCGCAUGCCGACUCGCCCGCUCAUACGAAGUACCCUGCGAGGACAUCUUCGCGCACUGAAUCGCACGCUCAUACGGUGCAUGCUGUUGCAGCAUACUCGCCCGCUGAGUCGCCCGCUGAGUCGUCCUCUGAGUCGUCCUCUGAGUCGCCUGCUGAGUCGCCCGCUCAUACUCCGCUCCCCAAUCCAGCAUCCCCGCUCGCUGAGUCGUCUGCUCAUACGGCGCAUCCUGUCUCGGCACACUCGCACGCUGAGUCGCCCUCUCAUAAGCCCCACCCUACUUCGACAUCGCCGCUCGCUAAUCGCACUCAGUCGCUCAGCUUUGCAAACGUCGCCGACUUUGUUUCGCAAAAGAAAAAGAGACUAUCACUCAGCAUGACUAAGAUGAGCAACAAGCAGAAAAAGAAGAAGGAGGAGGACCCCAAGGCCGAUACACCGGCGUUCACGAUGCACCCGGGAACACCUGUUCGCUACGAUCAGACGAAAGACAAUGAAGAUUCCCUCCUUGAGCAGGAUCCGAGGCUAAAGUCGAUGACACCGUUUCAGAGAUUGGCCGCCGGCGUUCUCCCAAAAGGAUCUCCCGGCAGACCGGUGACUCCGCCAGACCCAUUCGCUCCUUCCGCGAGUACCUCACCUCCCUCCUGCCCCACGAGACCUCCUCCUCCCCCUCCUGUUACGCCCACCAGAGCUCUGAGGAACAUGCCGCACGCUCCGACUGCGCCGUUCCGUCCGACUCCCGCCCCGAGGGUUGAACAAGAGAGUGAAGGUUCCAAAGGUACCGAUGAAUUGCCUCAGCAGAAGAGAGACCUGGCCGCCCAGCGCGGACCUAUAGGCACUGGACAUCGUCGGGCUCGAGCCCAGACAAUCAACGAGUAUCCGAGUACCGCUAGCCAGGUUGCUCCGAGAAGUAAUUCGACCAACCAUAUCGAGAAUGCGACGAGUUCCCCCAUGAAGAUGCUUGGAAGAGUGUUUGGUGGACGCUCCACCACCCCCGCUGCACCUGCUCGCCCUCCGAAGCCGGAGACUCCAGACAGACCUCCCGUCAAGAUUAUCAGGUCCCCGAUGAAUGAUGACUCGAGACGGGUGGCGCAUUUCGGAUAUGCGGAUAUGAUGGCGGCUGGUGGAGAUGUUAGCAGCAUCGCGGCGAUCCCCAAGUUCCAGGAAUCCAGCGGCCAACAGGCAAAUGCCCGAUAUACGAAGAUGAUGGACGGCCUCAAGUCCGAUAGCGAGAGGAAGGCUGAAGAGCUCGAGAUUUUGAAGGCGGCAUUCGCUAAGAUUGCUACCGAUCUCAAAGCGGAUGCGGAGAGGAAGGACCAGGAGAUCACGGCAUUGAAGGCUGCUGUUGCCGCUUUGAGUGUCGGAAAGGUCACCACAGUCGCGAAAUCGACCUGGGAGAUGCUCGAAUCCAAAGGUCUGCUGAAGAACAUCCUCGGAAGGCUGGCAAAGAAGGACCUGUGUAGCCUGACUAGGGUCUCGAAGUACAUGAAGAGUGUGGCAGAGCCUGUCCUCUACAAGGAGCUCGACUUUUCGCCGAAGCUCCCCCACGAAUUUUCGUAUGCGUACCUCACGUUUAGACUCACGAAGCUUCUACGUGCUGGAAAUGGCCCCAAGCUGGCGAAGUACACCACGUACUUCAGAGUCGGAUCCGGUUGGCAGGAGAACGCCAUAAUUUACUUGGACUCAUCCAAUCCCAAAGAGCCGGCGCGGCCACUAACCAGCCCGAAGAAUAUCAAAGACGGAGAGCUUGAAUGGUCCAUGGAGAGACUCAAGGCGCUUUUGGACAAUGAAGGAGUCCAGGGAGGAGAUGGCGGGGCCAAAGAAGCCAAGGCUUACAUGAAUGCAGUUCUUAACUUUACGGAGGAAGUUGAGACUUUGAUCUGGGACUCGCCGAUCCCAUUGAAGAUCAACAACAAUGGUAUUCCGUUCAAGCUGGUGGAACUGAAGACCUUGAAGAUGAACCUCGGAACUCCCACUACGUUGCCUUCCAGGGAGCCAGGCAAGGAGGCGCCGAAGCUGUACUCGUACCGACCGAACAUCAGUUUCCUGAGAUUCUGCUGUUUGGUUACGUUGAAUCUCUACAACAUUGCGACCAGAGAUAGUUGUUGGUGGUCGCACAUCUACCUUUUCGUCAGCCGUAUGGCUUCAAGCCUACGCCACCUCACGUUGGAGAUGUGUCCGAUAGAGGACAUUACGGCGGUGCGUUUCCCUCAACUGUUCGUUCCAGGGCAAGACCUCGAUGGUUUGAGGAACCCAGUCCACAUUGGAUGGGAUAACCGGUUCAGCGUUGCUGGUGGAAAGGGUCUUCGCAUUGAGACCCUUCAACUCCGUGGCUUCAUCGUCAGUGAAGACACAUUCGACGAUGUUCUGGAUCCGGAGGUGCUGCGUACCGUCAAGUUGUUUGGCUGUAUGCGAAUGAAGGAGUGGGAGAUGAGCAAUGCUCAUGCUCGCCACAUCAAGAAUUUCGAGACUGAUGGUUGGGGAUUUCUCGGCUCCGCCCUGCGUAUCGCCAAGCACGAUCCCAAAGAGAUCGUUUUCACGCCGACGGAGACCAGGCCCAUGGAAGAAGCCCUGGGAGAACUCGUCAAGCGCAGCAUGACGAUCAGCAAGCUCAAGCUUUCCGCUGUCUGCUUCGUGGAGACCGAUGCGAUCAAGGUCUUCGUGGGUUCCGGAAACGGUGUUAGGCAUCUCGAGAUCGCCCUCAAGAGGGAGCAGUGGGACCACUUCGUCUGGAACCUGCACAACCUUCGCCACAUCGUUCAUGUGACGGUGUUUGUGGACGAGGGUGGCAAGAAGCCGACGAAGGGGCACCGCAAGCGCUACCCCGCCGACGAUGCCGAGGAGAUGGUCACUACAAUGGGCCCCAAGACCUUGCGCGAGGUGGGAGUCGGAGGUCACGUCUGGGCCAUCAAGUGGGUCAACAAGGAGAAGUUCAAGCUGGUGAAGAUCCAGUCUGUCCCGGCCAACCUCUCCCGCCAGGACUUGGCCGGCGCUACAAAGUUCCUAAAUAGUGGAGCCAAGCUGGUUGACGUCCGGAGAAAGGUGAAGACCACCAAGUAA